UAUACUCUGCCUCUGCUGUUUAAGAUAAUGAAAAUUGAAAAAGCUUUUCCUGUUUAGCGAAGAACUUCGACGUUUAAAUUUGAUUCGAUAUGGUGGCUUUGAGUUCUCUACAGUCACUUGCUUCUUUAAUUCCAACGACGUCUUACUCUUCUUCGUCGUCGUGUUCGCGCAAGGCCUUUCUUACCAGGCGAAAAUCGAUAUUCUUUGCGUCCUUUGUUUUGGCUCCUUUUCUCCAUUUCUAUCCCGACUCUGCACAUUCAUUUCAGUUUGCAAGGGCCGAAGAGGAUGAACUUGAGAAAGAAGAAGAACAGGUCGUUCACUUAUUCCAGGAAACAUCACCAUCAGUGGUUUUCAUUAAAGACCUUGAAAUAGUGAAGAACACCAAUAGUACAGACGAAAUCAUGUCAACUGAAGAUGGAAGUGCAAAAGUAGAAGGGACAGGUUCUGGCUUCAUUUGGGAUAAGACUGGGCACAUUGUCACCAAUUAUCAUGUUGUAGCUAAAUUGGCUACGGAUACAAGUGGGCUGCAGCGUUGUGAGGUGGUUCUUGUGGAUGCCAAUGGCAGAAGCUUUACGAAGGAAGGCAAAAUCAUUGGUUUUGAUCCAGCAUAUGAUCUGGCAGUUCUGAAGGUCGAUGUGGAAGGGAAGGAGCUAAAACCAGCGGUUCUUGGAACAUCUCAGGAUUUACAUGUGGGGCAGAGCUGCUUUGCCAUUGGGAAUCCUUAUGGAUAUGAGAACACUCUAACAACGGGGGUAGUCAGUGGGUUAGGCAGGGAGAUACCCUCACCUAAUGGGAGAGCUAUCAGUGGAGCCAUACAAACGGAUGCUGCUAUUAAUUCGGGAAACUCAGGUGGCCCAUUGAUCAACUCAUAUGGUCAUGUCAUUGGAGUUAACACAGCCACUUUUACUCGCAAAGGGACAGGAAUAUCAUCUGGUGUCAACUUUGCAAUACCAAUCGACACCGUUGUGCGGAUUGUUCCUUACCUUGUUGUGUAUGGAACACCUUAUACUGACAGGUAUUGACACCAGUCUUUCAAUUGGACAAAUAAAAGCUUAGCUUGGUGCAUUUUGUUUGAUCUUCUUGUUGUAAUGCAUGUCUUUUGGAGGUGAUGACUGCUGAUGACAAUAAACAGAGAGGCUCAAAGUCUCCUAUAUGAGCUUUUGUAACUAGGGACAUGUAAUUCAAUUAACCUUCAAUGGAGAAUUGAAUCAAAUUCAUACCA